AUGCAUGACGGACGUUUAUUGACCGGCUAUCGAAGUGACAAGGGCGUUGGACGAAUGGAAAAACGUGAAAUUGGUGUGCUCGAGCCAUAUUUAGAAAAACGAAAUGGUUUUUCGUGGUUGCCACAACAAGAUACAGAUUAUUAUGCAUCCGAAGCUGCACAUAAUAAUCUUAAAUUUACUCAACAAGAACGAGAUGUUAUGAAUAUACCAGAUUAUUUGUUGUGGUCGAUUGGAAAUUUUUUUCUUUUCUUCGUUUUUGGAAUAAUUUGUAUUAUAUUAUCCGUGCGUGUACGCGAACAUAAGCGGACACUUGAUUAUGAACAAACGUUGAAAAUUUCAAAACGUGCAUUAGUAUUAAAUAUUUUUUCAACUAUUGCAGGUAUCGCUUUUGUUGUUAUAAUGCUCGCUCUACUGAUUAGCAAAUCGUCAUCUUCAUUCUAA